AUGCAGCAGAACCACAUCCACGAGCUCGCAAAGACUCUUCCCCCACCCCGGCGCCAGAACGUCGCGUGUGACGCUUGCAGGACGCGCAAGGUCAGAUGCACCCAGCUCCCGGGACAGGACAAGUGCCAGCACUGUAUCGCCAAAAAUUACCCUUGCACGUACGUCGACCCCCCCCCCCCAUUUCUUCACUAUGUGCAGCAACAGACUUCUGAGAAAAAGCGCGGCACUGGCGCAAGUCGACGAGCCCGAGCGGCAAGCGCAGCGAAUCCCAGGCGAUUGCCCGCUGCAUCAGCACUUCUGACGCUGUCUAUAAAUAGAUCGUCUGGACCAGAGACUUCUCUUUCGAACGGACAGGGAAACAAGCCAUAUGGCACCCAGUACUCACUCUUCCUCCCCUACCAGCUCCCAAAUUCUCGAGGGUCUCCCAAAGCCGCCACCACCCAGUUGCUGGCCUACCUCUUCUCGCCGGAGGGACCGACUGAUCCCGCGUCCUUCUCGGCCUCUGCUCGGGGCCGCUCGCCAACCUACCAUGACUGGGGCGAAAUGAGCAUACGCCUGGAAUCCGAGGCGUUCCGCAUAGAGUUUGCCCUGGACCUUGUCGAAGUCUUUUUCCAAAUAUGCCACACGCGACUACCGCUGCUCAACCCAACGCAGUUCCGCUCACGGCUCAAAUUCGCACUUGCUCCGCCACAGUCCCCCGCUCCGGCAGAGAAACCACUUCACCCGGCUCUCCUCGCAACGGUAAUAGCAUGGGGCGCGAAGUUCUCCGAGCAUCCUUUGCUUAUCGCAGAUCGUGAGGGUGCUGGUGGACAAAGCCGUCUAGCGCGUACACUUGUCAAUCGAGCGCGAGAAGUUGCGGAGGCGGAGAAAGUGCACCGAAUUAGCAGUGUAGACCAUGUUGUCAUUGCACUGCUAAUUGAACCGCUACAAAACCAAACGCCCGAAGACCCCGAUUACUUUCAUGGCUUCUGGCUUACCUGUGCCAUCCGACAUCUUCUUUUUCUCCAGAUCAAUCACAAAUCUGUCAUGACGAAUAUACAAGAUCCCGAGUCUCGGGGUACAAUGAUCUUCGCUUGGUGGAUGGCCUGUCUAGCGGACGCGUACCACUCGGCUUAUUAUCGCCGUAAGCCACAAUUAGACGACGAUGAUUAUGAUAUCGACUUUUACACUGUUGAUCCCAUACCUCCGGAGGUCCACGACGUGCAAAGUGUAUCCUUAUCACCUCGGGAGCAGUACGAAGUAAGUGGGUAUUACCGCGCAGCACAUGCUCUCGCACGGAUAUGCCGACACAUGUCGAAGCAAUUAUGGCGGCCUACUACGGAAUCGGAUGGAAUCCCGUUCGAUGUCCUGUGUAAUAUCGUCAGCAGCCUCAACGAUUGGCGGGAAGAACACCUUCCACGCGUUGGUGUGCCGAGUGACUUUGAGUCUGAGUGGGAUUUCGUGUCUGCCGUGUCUGCUUGUGCGAGUGAUGCGACCUAUCAUGUCAUGUGGGUCAUUGUCUUCAAUGCUGUUGAUGAUUUCGGGAUCAAGGAGUUCAACGAGGCCGUUCGGUUGAAUGCCUUGGGAAACGUACCGGCAAACCCCACAAUCGAAUCCGUGAAGCACAAGAUUCUCGACGAAGCAUUACAUGGUGCCCUUCGCAUCGCUGGUCUGACAGGCGUCUUGACGUCCAACGGCUACUUAAAACUCGACCCAGCAGUCAUGCACUUCAGCUGUCUAACAGCCGGUACACUCCUCGCCCGACUCGGUCGACCAGAAGUAACAAACUGUAUCGGCGGUCUAAAACAAUACAACUACGCGUAUGAAGAGGCGGGAGACGAGGCUAUCGAGAUGGAGCGGAUUUAUUCGAAUGCGUUGAAUGGUGACUCGGAUGUUAACCAUAUGGCGUCUGUCGUGCUUCCUCAACAUCAACACCCGGGUGCAACCGCCGCUCCUGGUGGUGCUAGUGGUGGUGCGCAUAAUCAGGGUCAGGCGAUGGUAGUUGACCCGCCUUCGUAUGGGACGAACGGUCCUUCUGGUCAAGCAGUGAAUCAGUCCCCUUUCGCAUGA